CCCAAAUUCCCAAUCGACCAGAUGCAAUGAUUUGCCUCUUAGAUAUGCAUUCCAUGGUAUGUUUAUCAUUCCAAUUGAAUGCUCUUCUUCUAUGGUCUGCAUGGAUCAGCUCACUGCUUUCUGGGUCUUUCAUCAUCAACACUGCUGCUGUCACCACCAACACCCCAUUGGGUGGAAGUGAAACAGAUCAUCUGGCACUGCAAGCCUUCAAGGCUAAGAUAACUCAAGAUCCUUUUGGGGUCAUGGCCUCAUGGAAUGAUUCUCUCCAUUUCUGCUUCUGGGAAGGUGUUUCAUGCAUCAAUCCCCAGCAUUCACCAAGGGUUGUAACCUUGGAUUUACAAUCAAGUGGCUUGGUGGGGUCAAUUGCACCAGAAAUAGGAAACCUCAGUUUCAUCAGGCAAAUUUGGCUUCGAAACAAUAGCUUCCACGGCGAAAUCCCUCAACAAAUCGGUCGUUUGUUUAGGAUACAAGUUUUGGUGCUCAGCAGUAAUUCACUAGAGGGACAAAUCCCAGGCAAUUUGUCUCGUUGCUCCAACCUCAAAAUUCUCAGUUUAAGUUGGAACAAUCUUACAGGUAAGAUACCAACUGAACUUGGCACUUUACUGAAGCUUGAAGUUCUUAGAGUUCAAAACAACAAUCUCAUGGGAGAGAUCCCACCUUCUUUGGGCAAUCUUUCAUCCCUUGUCAACCUCACUGCUCAAUAUAAUAGUUUGGAGGGAGGUAUCCCAGGUACCAUAGGCCGUUUACAGAGAUUACAAAUGCUUUUGCUGGGUGAAAACAGACUCAGUGGCAUGGUUCCUCCCUCUUUGUUUAAUCUUUCUUCCCUCAUUAAUUUUUAUGUUGAAGGUAACCGAUUGAAGGGUAAUCUUCCACAUAACAUAGGCCUUACUCUUCCUAAUAUCCAUGAAAUUACUCUUGGAGAAAACCAGUUUACUGGGACCAUUCCAGUUUCAUUAUCCAAUGCUUCUAAACUCGAAUGGUUGCAAUUGAGAAAUAACAGUUUUAUUGGGAGGGUGUCUAUUGAUUUUCGAGGCUUACACCGGCUUAGAGUGUUAACUUUGGGUUUGAAUUAUCUGGGAAGUGGAGAAAUGGAUGACUUAAGUUUUAUCAACACCAUGACCAACUGUAGUAUUUUAGAGGGAAUUGGCCUGGAAAUGAAUCAAUUUGGGGGGUUCUUGCCCAGUUCUCUAGGAAACCUCUCAACCCAAUUCAGUGAAUUAACUCUAGGAUCAAAUCAGAUUUCUGGAAGCUUCCCAUCAGGGAUUGAAAACUACGUAAACUUAGUUACGCUUGGAUUAGAGCAAAACAUUUUCACAGGUGAACUUCCUUCUUCCAUUGGAAAGCUCCAACAGUUAAGCACCCUUUCACUUGGUGGGAACAUGUUUUCUGGACAGUUGCCAUCAUCAUUGGGAAACUUAACACGGCUGUCUAUACUUGGUUUAGAAAUGAACAACUUCAGUGGUAGCAUACCUCCAUUGCUGGGAAAAUGCCAUUAUCUGCUAAGCUUGGGGCUUUCUCAAAAUACUCUUACUGGGUCCAUUCCUCGAGAACUUUUUGAUCUUUCCUCCAGUUUAAUUACGCUAGAUCUAUCUCAAAAUCGUUUGGUAGGUUCUCUACCUUCAGAAAUUGGCAAAUUAACAUCUCUUGGAGUGCUAGAUGUUUCUGAGAACAGGUUGUCUGGUGAAAUUCCCAAUACUCUGAGUAGUUGCACAAGCUUAGAGAACAUGUUAAUGCAGGGUAACCACUUUUCUGGAUCCAUUCCUACGUCCUUGAAUUCAUUAAGAGGUCUUGAAUACUUGGAUCUUUCACGCAACAACCUAUCUGGUCCAAUUCCAAAAUAUUUGCAGGAACUUCGCUUCUUACUGAAUUUAAAUCUUUCUUUCAACAAUCUUGAGGGUGAGGUACCAACAAAUGGAGUAUUUGGAAAUGCAAGCGCAAUUUCAAUUGUUGGAAAUAAUAAGCUUUGUGGAGGAGUUUCUUCCUUAAAAUUACCAGCAUGUUCCAUCCAGACAUCAGAGAGAAAAGGAACAACUCAUCAUUCUUUCAAGCUAGUGCUUUGCAUUACAAUAGUUGGUGUAACACUAUGCCUCAUUUCGAUCUCAAUUCUUCUUAUCCUUUUCCUGAAAAAAAGGCAAAAAAAGGAGCAUUCUUCUGAAUCUUCAGUAGGGAAUCAUCAUUUAAUGAUCUCCUAUGAAGAACUUCUGAAAGCAACUGGAGGAUUCAAUUCCAGUAAUUUGAUUGGUGUGGGUAGCUUUGGCUCUGUGUACAAAGGAACUCUGGAACAAUGUCAAACAAUUGUUGCAGUCAAGGUAAUAAACCUUCAACAACGAGGAGCUUCCAAAAGUUUCUUAGCAGAGUGUGAAGCAUGGAGAAACAUUCGACAUCGAAAUCUUGUGAAGAUCAUAACAUCCUGCUCAAGCGCUGAUUUUAAAGGCAAUGAUUUCAAAGCUGUAGUUUACGAAUUCAUGUCCAAUGGGAACUUAGACAAAUGGUUGCAUCAAGAAGAAAUAAACCAUGACCAAGUUGAACCAAGGAGGCAUUUGAACAUUCUUCAAAGAUUAAAUAUUGCCAUUGAUGUUGCAUCUGCACUGGAUUAUCUUCAUCACCAUUGUCAAGUGGCAGUCAUUCAUUGUGAUCUAAAGCCAAGCAACAUUCUUCUAGAUGACAAUUUGACCGCACAUGUAGGUGACUUUGGUCUAUCUAGAUUCCUUUUGGAAAUGAGUAAAAGAUCAUCUCUGAGUCAAAGUAGCUCUGUUGGAAUAAAAGGAUCUAUUGGAUAUGCUGCUCCAGAGUAUGGUGUGGGUGCUGCUGUGUCAACCCAUGCAGACAUGUACAGCUAUGGUAUUCUCCUUCUGGAGAUGUUCACAGGGAAGAGACCCACCAAUGAAAUGUUUAAAGAUGGCUUAGAUCUUCAUAACAUAGCAAAGAUGGCUUCGCCUGAUAAAGUGUGGGAAAUACUCGAUCCAUCAUUACUUUUCUCUCAAGGGAAAGACGGGGAAGAGGAAACAGAAGUAACAAAUGCAACAGAACAGUGCCUCAUUUCAGUAGUUAAAGUUGGGGUGUCAUGCUCCAUGCCAUCACCAAGGGAACGAAUGGAUGCACGAGAAGCAGUCAAAGAAUUACAGUUAAUCAGGGAGAUUUAUCUUGGACUUCGCACCCAUGGCACAAAUGAGAUGCAGUGAAGAGUUGCCCCAUUGCUAGCUCUAAUGUCAUGCUGUAGUUAAUUUAUGUUAAGUUACUUCUACCUUUUGUUGGGUGGGUCUUCCUACUGUACUGUGGUGUCUUGUUUUUUUCUUAAGCCCUUACUGUGGUGUUUAAAGUAUCAAAAUUUGGCCA